GCUUUUCCAUUCAGUCAAAGAAAAAUGGUGGCUGAAAAGUUUAUAUCCAAAUUGUGUGAUGUAAAACUAUUAUAAAACAGUAGAUUUAAGCCGAUAAUAAACAUUGAUGUUAUAAAAUGUCGACACCAAUGUCCAACCGAAAAUACGGUGCUCAAAAAAUACGGUUAACGAUUCUUUGUGCAAGGAAUUUGGUCCGGAGAGAUCUUUUUCGUUUGCCAGACCCAUUUGCGAAAAUUUCAGUGGAUGGAAGCGGUCAGGUGUACUCAACCAACACAGUGAAAGCAACUCUUGACCCUAAGUGGAAUACUCAUUACGAUUUGUACCUCACAAAAGGAGAUGGAAUCACUAUUAGUGUUUGGAAUCAACGAAAAGUGCAUAAAAGACAGGGUUCUGGAUUCCUAGGAUGUGUACGCAUACUGCCUUCCACUGUCCAUAAGUUGAAAGAUACUGGAUAUCAGUGUCUAGAGUUAUGUGAAGACGGAUCAGGCGAGACGUGCGGAGUACGCGGCCAAGUGAUAAUAUCGCUGUUGUCGCGAGAUGGAACACGCGGGGAGCCCGCGUCGGCGGCUGGUGAAGGCUCGCCGCUCGCAGUCGUCGGACCUGCUGGGGAAGUGCGAGCUCCUAGAGACCCGCCAAUCAACUCAAACUCUUCUCACCUUCCACUACCACCCCAUUGGGAAGAAAGAUUUACGUCCAGUGGAAGGCCUUACUAUGUGAACCACCUGUCGCGGCGCACGCAGUGGGAGCGGCCGACACAAGAGGAGUCGCGCUCGCCGUCGCCGCCGACGUCCCCGGCGCCGCCCGCCCCGCCCGCGCCCCUCACCUCCGCCCCUAACUCGCCCGUCGCACCCUCCUCGCCUUGCUCUCCAUCUAACACUGUCUCCGAUACUGAUGAACACACCACUUCCAUUUCAUUGAGACCCGAACCCCAACCUCAAACCGCCGUACGUCGCCAGCCCGCUCCGGGAUCAACGCCCACGAGUCCCACCACACCCACUACGCCUAUGACACCCACCACACCAAUAUCUGCUACAGACCUACCACCUGGCUAUGAGAUGCGAACGACGGCGCAAGGCCAAGUGUACUUUUACAAUGCGGUGACGGGCGCAUCCACGUGGCACGACCCGCGCGUGCCGGCGCACCUGCGACACACGGCCGCGGCGGGCGGGCCGCUGCCGCCGGGCUGGGAGAUGCGCCACGCUCCCUCCGGCCGCCCAUACUUUGUCGACCAUAACAAUCGCACAACACAGUUCACCGACCCACGCCUCGCGCUCUCCGCUAGAUUUACAACGACAGAGUCGCCGGCACCUCCGCCGCCAGGCGCGGGCGGCACGGCGGCGCCGAGUCCGGCCGCAGCGCCCGCGCCCGCUCCCGCCGGCCCCGGAGCUGCUCCCGUUCCUGAGCCGGCGGACGCUGACGCACUGCCUAAAUACAAACGCGACCUGGCCGCCAAGGCACGCGUGUUGCGUACAGAACUGCAAGCGCUGCAGCCCCAAACAGGCCACUGUAGAAUUGAAGUGUCACGAAAUGAGAUACUAGAAGAAUCUUACCGACUUGUGAUGAAACUGAGAGGCAAGGAAUUGCGCAAACGUUUGUUAGUUAAGUUCAGAGGUGAGGAAGGAUUAGACUAUGGUGGUGUGGCACGCGAAUGGCUCCACCUAUUAGGCAGAGAGCUAUUCAACCCACACUAUGGCUUGUUUCAAUAUGCUAAUGCUGGAGACGAUAGAUACGCCCUACAGAUAAAUCCAGACUCAGGGGUGAAUCCAGAACAUCUGUCAUAUUUUCAUUUCGCUGGACGCAUUUUGGGAGUAGCCUUGUUUCAUGGGCACCAGCUGGAUGCAGCGUUUACCGCACCAUUCUACAAGCAACUCCUGGGAAGACCCAUUACUUUGAGAGAUAUACGUGAUGUCGAUCCUGAAUUACAUCGUUCCCUCUCCUGGAUGCUGGAAAAUAGUAUCCAAGGCGUGAUCGAUACGACGUUCUCGGUGGAAUGCUCGUCUUUCGGCGCCGUGCGUAGCGUGGAACUGCGACCCGGCGGCGCUGCCGAGGCCGUCACCGACGCCAACAAGCGCGAGUAUGUGCGACUGUAUGUGGCACACCGAUUUACGCGCGGCGCCGAGCGGCAGUGGCUGGCUCUACAGCGAGGUCUGGCCGACUUGAUCCCCCCGCAGCUGCUGCGGCCACUAUCACCACGCGACCUGCAGCCGCUUCUGGCGGGCCGCGCCGACCUCGACCCGGCGGACUGGCGUCGACAUACGCGACUCAAGCACGUGCCGCCUGAUGCGCCGCUCGUGGGCUGGUUCUGGGAGAUCGUGGAGGAGUUCGACGCAGAGAUGCGCGCGCGAUUGCUGCAGUUUGUGACGGGGUCGCGGCGCGUUCCGUUGGCGGGCUUCCGCGCGUUGCAGGGCUCGACGGGGGCUGCGGCACCGCGUCUCUUCACGCUGCAUCUGGUGGCGGACGCCUCGCCAGACUCACUGCCCAAGGCACACACGUGCUUCAACCGGCUCGACCUGCCUCCUUAUCCUAGCAAGGAGCGCCUACAUGAUAAGCUCAAGCAGGCGGUACUCGAGACGGCCGGCUUCGCGGUCGAAUGAUUCCUCAGAUCGUUCACGCAUGUUGAGUAUUACCGCCUCGUAGUCGUUUACCGACCGUUAUCGAUGACAGACUUAGUGUCGAAAUGUGUUCAGUUUUAGUUGUAGAUUGUUUCCAGCUCGAGUUUUUGUCGAAAAGAUAUUGUAGUUUGUUAAAAUGCUUUAACUAUAUAUGUUAUACUCCAUGAACUUUAUUUUCCUUAUGAAUGUUGAUACAAAUGCAACAUGAGUUGUGUUGAGAGAGCAGCUUUUGUUAGAAGACUGGAUAAGUAUGCAAAGAAUGUCAAUGAUUUAAUAAAAACUUAUUUUAUUUC